CCCCGUGCGCGGGCGGGUUGGCGGGAAAGGCCGGCGGGGCCUGAGGGGUCUGUGCCUGACGGGACCGGAGUGGCCCGGCCCGGCUCGGCACGGCACGGCUCGGCACGGCUCGGCACGGCCAUGCAGGCCUUCCUCAAGGGCCCGGCCUCUAUCAGCACCAAGCCCGUCGCUGCCAAGGAAAAGAACGCGUCCGGGAGCAGCGGGGAUGGCAAGAAGGCCAAACCCAUCCCCUGGGUGGAGAAAUAUCGUCCCAAAAAUGUGGAUGAAGUUGCAUUCCAGGAUGAAGUUGUAGCUGUGCUGAAGAAGUCCCUGGAAGGUGCUGAUCUUCCCAAUCUGUUGUUCUAUGGCCCACCUGGAACUGGAAAGACUUCCACUAUUUUAGCAGCUGCAAGAGAACUGUUUGGGCCUGAUUUAUUCCGGCAGAGAGUCCUUGAGCUGAACGCGUCUGAUGAGCGUGGGAUACAAGUGAUCCGGGAGAAAGUGAAGGCUUUUGCUCAGCUCACGGCGGCUGGAAGCCGUUCAGAUGGUAAAAUGUGUCCACCUUUUAAAAUUGUGAUCCUGGAUGAAGCAGAUUCUAUGACUUCAGCAGCCCAGGCAGCCUUAAGACGCACAAUGGAAAAAGAAUCUAAAACAACACGUUUCUGUCUUAUUUGUAACUACAUCAGCAGAAUAAUUGAACCUUUAACAUCUCGAUGCUCCAAAUUCCGCUUCAAGCCUUUGUCUGACAGUAUCCAACAGCAGAGGCUGCUGGAUGUUUCUGAGAAGGAACAUGUGAAAAUCAGUAAUGAGGCAGUGUCAUACCUGGUGAAAGUGUCAGAAGGGGAUUUAAGAAAAGCAAUUACUUUUCUUCAAAGUGCCACUCGCCUAAUGGGUGGGAAGGAGAUCACAGAGAAGAUAAUCACUGAAAUUGCUGGGGUCAUCCCUAAGGAAACAAUUGAUGAACUGCUAUUGGGCUGCCAGAGUGGUUCCUUUGAGAAACUGGAAAAACUGGCAAAGAAUCUCAUCAAUGAGGGGUUUGCUGUUGCUCAGCUUGUAAACCAGCUGCAUGACACCAUUGUGGAGAGCGAAGAUUACAGCGACAAGCAGAAAUCUGCCAUGGUCGAGAAACUUGCAGAAGUGGACAAAUGCCUGGCAGAUGGUGCUGAUGAAUUCCUGCAGCUGAUGAGUCUCUGUGCCCUUGUGAUGCAGCAGCUCACACAGAACGUCUGACUCCUCCAGCAGCCUUUUGUUCCAGGGGUGGCAGGGCUCUCAGAGCAGGGAGCUGUGUACUUUUGUACUGGUUUUGGGUUUUUUUUGCAAUAAAAGGACUGCACUGCAGUUGGAAAACCUGAGGCUGGAAUAUUUCAUUCAAUUUUUUUACACUGGGUAAAGAGCACAGGGGUCUGUAAUACUCGUACUGUGUAGUUCCUGUUGCACACUUACACAUUCAAACAAGUUAUUGGAAGUGAGCACAUCCAUACUUAAGUCUUCAUCAGCUGCAAGCAGAGACAGGAGGAUUAGUCCUUGUAGCCUGUAUUGGCUUAGCAAAAUGAUCACAUCCCUAUAGAACACAGCUUCAGGCUGAACAGCCCACACCUCCAUCUUCUACCUGAUCCUUUAAACAUAGCAAAAAAUCACUUUACUGUCAAACAGAUUACAACUUUAAUUCUGCAAGAUAAAAAAUGUUCAGCAGUGGGUAGGUUGUGUUCUGAAGGUGUCACUUAGGCUUUCCUGUCAUCUCUAUUCUUGCUCACAAGCCAUUUUAAAGCUGUGACCUGGCUAAGUAUCUUUGGGACAUAAUCUUUCAGAGAUGCUGUUUUGACCACCUGUCCCUCCUUCCUGACUGGCUUGGGAAAAAAAAAUACCCUUGGACAGGUAUUAAGCAUAAAUGAUGCAGUGCAGCUUUUUCAUCAAGCCAGCACCAAUUAUUAUGUGAGCCAUUUUCUACCCUGAUGAAAGGGUGCUUGUUUUAAGGACACGGGUGCAGCACCCCACAGCUUGGUCACCGGGGCCACACUGGCACUUGAAGCUCAGCUGCUCUGGAGUCCAGAACCACCCCUGCAAUUAAUGACCAAGUACUGGAGCUGUGGGGCACAAGGCUGCAGCAUUUUCCAACCUUCAGCUCCGACCCUGAAACAGUGCACGUUACUGUCACCCUCCCCUCAACCCAAGAAGUGACUAUUUACAAUUUAAGUGAAUAUAGAAGUAUUUUAUUGAACAUUCAAACUUCAUUAAGACAUGUGCAAUAUGGCAAAAUUUACUGGGUUUAACCCUAACUAAGACAAUAGUAUGAUUGCUUGCUUGCUGGGGCUUAGCAACAGGGUCCAGAUCACACUUACCACUAAUUAAAUACUUUAUUGAAUAAAUACAUAUGAAACAAAAAUGCAUUUUAAUGCUCUUAUAAAAGUUUAGAGAUUUUGAAAGGCCUUUCCAAUUUAAUCUGAGGUGUAAGUACAUACAAUAAAGGAAGGUAGGCUAGUUUAACAUAAUUGGCUGA